AUGGAAGAGAAAAAGGUCUUGUUGCUGCUGCUUUUGGUAGCGGCUCUAGUGUCACAGGGUUGCUGUCAACAUUGGUCCUAUGUCUUGAACCCAGGGGGGAAAAGAGUGACUGACAGCCUGUCUGACACCCUGGACAAUGUAAUUAAAAUGACAAUUCUACAGAUGGCUGAAGACCUUCCGAAGAUAGACACAUCUUGCAGUUUGUUUGGCUGUGCUGAUGUCUCACCUCAUCCUGAAAUGUACCGACUGAGGGCAUUACUUGUGAGCAAACCUCGCUGA